CUCUCAAUAUCAUGUACCAGGUUGCCACCAUAAGAGAGGAAGAACACGAGAAGCUUAAGAAAACCCUGACGAAUGAAGAUGGAAACAAUUUGAUCCAUUUAGCCGAAAAUUUCAAUCACUAUAAGGUAUGGUUAGUUGGAGAAGAUUUGACAGAAAGUGAGCAAUCCUUAACAUCAAAAGGAACUCUUUUUAUUCCCUUGUCGCAGUUUCCUCCACAGCAAAAAAGAAAAGAUUGUUUCUAUCAGACUACUCCAGCUAGGUUGGCUCCCAAAUCAUUUGGGAACUUGCAUUCAUGCGAGAAUUGGUUGCCAAGAAGGGUGAUGAGUGCUUCGCGGGUGGCCGGAAUAGUGCACACUUUAGAAGGGUGGAACACCAACGAAUGUGGUGAUCAAAUUUUUGACAUAGACAAAGUUUGGGAAGCUACCCUUCUACAUGGUUUUCGUCCUCUCCCGACCCUAAGGAAUUAAUGUGGCGAUAUAACUUUGGACAUGGACAAAUGUUGUGUAACACUGUUUAAUAAUCAUAGAGUCAUAGUAGUUACUCUUAAAUUAAGUGAUCAUUGUUAAACGGUUAAAAGUUAAAACUCUUGUUUCGAUUAUGUAGUAGCUAGCCGCUAGGGAGUAAUUUAUUUUGAUUGUUUUCAUGCAAAUUCUCAUUCCCUUAUUUUUCAGUAGGUAUUGAUGACUUGAAAUAAGAAAAUGGGGUAAAUUUAUGGAAUAAAAAACAA